AUGUCGGUGUCUGAAUAUGCUGAGAAAUUCGAAGACAUGGCUGCCUAUUCUAGACAAGCGGCUUAUGCACCAGAUGAGUUAUGGAAGAUUGAUCAGUUCCUUAUGGGGCUGAAUGCUGAUAUUGUACACAGCGUGUCUCAGAGGGAGUUUACCACUUAUGCUGAGUGUUUGAGGCAAUGCUAUGUUGCUGAAAACACAUUGAAGAGGGUUCAGGAAGAGAAAAAGCAGAACAAGCCGGUUCGUAGGGAUCAAGGGAGGUCGGGACAGCAUUUGAAACUCCGCAAUUCUCCAUCUAUAAAGAAGCCAGUCUACGAGGACCGCUCUAACCCACCUCCACAAUGUGGGAAGUGCAACAGGAAACAUUUUGGGCACUGUAGACCGGAUGCUGGGGUCUGUUUCAGGUGUCAUCAGCCAGGACAUAUCGCGAGGGAUUGUAUUGCCCUAAAUGUUCCAGAGAAGACUAAGGGCCGUGUUUUUACUUUGGAUGCUAGGAAGGCUCAAGGAAACACCAAUCUGGUUGCUGGUACGUGUUAUGUCAAUAAUCAACCCUUGUUUGUAUUAGUAGAUUGUGGAGCAACACAUUCUUUUAUCUCUUAUCAUUGUGUGCAGAGGCUUGGUUUUGAGACAAGUUUCCUUCCAAAUCCUAUGGUUAUUUCUUCGGCUACCGAUGAUGUAGUAGAAGCUCAGGAAAUUUGCAAGGAGUGUUCUAUUACUUUCAAUGGUCGUAGAUUCUUGAUUGACCUCAUUUGUCUACCGCUUAAGAAGAUUGAUGUAGUACUGGGUAUGGACUGGUUGUCAGCUAACUCGGUGUACAUUGGUUGUAAGGAGAAGGCUAUCUUCAUUCCUGCUGAGGAGACUACACCAACCAAUGCCAUUGAACAUCUCCUUGAAGGUACGAUUAACAUGAUCAAUUACCUUUUUGCUCGAGAAGUCUUUCCUUAUGGUUCUUAUGUAGGACUCUAA